AUGGUCUCUUCCAAGGUUGUCGCCCUCGUCGGCGCUUUCUUCGCCUCGUCCACCGUCGCUCAGGCCACCACCAGCAACGAGAUGGGCGCCGCCGCCUUCCUCUGGCCCGCCGACAGGAAGUGGGUGGAUGCCACCGACGAGACGGCCCCCUGCGGCGGUGCCCAGCUCGGCGAGCGCACUGCCUUCCCUCUCACCAACGGCAGGCUCGCCCUCGUCACCCAGGACAACACUCGUGCUGUCCACGUUGGUGUCUCGUACAGCAACAACCCCACGUCGGCGUCCGACUUUGAGACGUUCUACGGCCCCGACCAGGUCGGCGCCCUGGACCUCGGCCACACGUGCAUCACGGUGCCGGACCACCCCGCCAGCGUCACGGCCGGCAGCAACGCCACGUACCGCAUCCUCUACGUCGCCAACUUUGAGGAGAACGAGGCCGACCGCACGACGCACUACGCCUGCGCCGACGUCGAGUUUGUCGAGUUUGCCGCCUUUGACGAGGAGAUCCCCUGCUUCAACUCGACCAUCUCCGACCCCGAGGUCAAGGAGGACGGCUCGGUCAGCGUCACGACGACCGACGAGAACGGCAAGACGCCCCACACCGUCGAGGACUUCACCGCCUCCGAGGACAAGGGCUCGUCCGGCCUCGCCGGCGGUGAGAUUGCCGGCGUCGUCGUCGGCGUCGUCGCCGGUCUCGGUCUGCUCGCCGCCCUUGCCUUCUUCCUCGUCCGCCGCAAGAACCAGAAGAAGCAGGUCACCGAGCCCAUGCGCGAGGUCGACGUCGAGAAGGUCCACUCUGACACUCUCUCUACCCGCUCUUAA